UUUCUUAGUGCGGCGGUGGUGGCGGCAGCGGCUGGGGGACCCCGGCCUUUUGUUAGGAGCGGCUGUGGGGGGGCCCCCCCCGGAGCGGCGAGGUCGGCGGCCUUCCCCAGCUCGCUAGGUCCGGCCGCUCCUCGCUGGGGUGGGGGGCCGCCCCCUGGGCCAGGCCUUGCCCCAGGCGCCGCUGCCCCGCCCUAGGCCCGCCCCGCCCGGCCUGAGGGGAGGAAUCGGGGAGGCCUCGCAGGGCCCUCUACGCACAGCCCAGCCACCCUCGGAGUCCCUGCCACCACCCUCUGCCCUCCGGAUCCGAGGCUUCCCCUCGCCCCUCAGGCCGACGCCAUGAAGAUCAAGGAUGCCAAGAAACCCUCUUUCCCAUGGUUUGGCAUGGAUAUUGGGGGAACUCUAGUCAAGCUCUCAUAUUUUGAACCAAUUGAUAUCACUGCAGAGGAAGAGCAAGAAGAAGUUGAGAGUUUAAAAAGUAUCCGAAAGUAUUUGACUUCUAAUGUAGCAUAUGGAUCUACUGGCAUUCGGGAUGUACACCUAGAACUAAAGGAUUUAACACUCUUUGGCCGCAGAGGGAACUUGCACUUUAUCAGAUUUCCAACCCAAGACCUGCCUACUUUCAUCCAAAUGGGAAGAGAUAAAAACUUCUCAACAUUACACACGGUGCUAUGUGCUACAGGAGGUGGUGCUUAUAAGUUUGAAAAAGAUUUUCGCACAAUUGGAAACCUCCACCUGCACAAACUAGAUGAACUUGAUUGCCUUGUAAAGGGCUUGUUGUAUAUAGAUUCUGUCAGUUUCAAUGGACAAGCAGAGUGCUAUUAUUUUGCUAAUGCCUCAGAACCUGAGCGAUGCCAAAAGAUGCCUUUUAACCUGGAUGACCCAUAUCCAUUGCUGGUAGUGAACAUUGGCUCUGGUGUCAGUAUUCUAGCAGUCCAUUCCAAAGACAACUAUAAACGAGUAACUGGGACAAGUCUUGGAGGGGGUACCUUCCUGGGUUUAUGCGGUUUAUUGACUGGCUGUGAAAGUUUUGAAGAGGCUCUUGAAAUGGCAUCUAAAGGUGACAGCACCCAAGCUGACAAGUUGGUCCGUGAUAUUUAUGGAGGAGAUUAUGAAAGAUUUGGUCUGCCAGGUUGGGCUGUAGCAUCUAGUUUUGGGAAUAUGAUUUAUAAGGAGAAACGAGAAUCUGUUAGCAAAGAAGAUCUUGCAAGAGCAACUUUGGUUACUAUCACCAAUAACAUCGGUUCUGUGGCACGAAUGUGUGCAGUUAAUGAGAAAAUAAACAGAGUUGUCUUUGUUGGGAACUUUUUACGUGUCAAUACUCUCUCAAUGAAACUUUUGGCAUAUGCACUGGAUUAUUGGUCAAAAGGUCAACUGAAAGCAUUGUUUCUAGAGCAUGAGGGAUACUUUGGAGCAGUUGGUGCACUUCUUGGAUUACCAAAUUUCAGCUGAAAUACUGGGUUUCUCUGCUAAUGCGAUUCAAGAGGAAUUGGAAACCAGAGGCAUCAUUACUGCGUUAUUUGUCCCUGGGAACCAAAGGAUAAAAGAGUAGUGCUAUUACUGUUGAUUUCUAAAUGUCAAAAUGGUAGCUGCUGAAUGUUGCCACAUUAAGAGAGCUCCAUAACAUUUAAAGUAUUUCUAGAUGAAAUGCUUUCCCUCUGUAUAUAUCCAGUGUUAAAUCCUAAAAUGCAAUACAGCCUCUGAUUAUUAAAUUUCCUCCUAGAAAGGUUUUGUUUUUGCUGUGUAGCCAACAUUGGAAUAUUGUAUGCUCAAACAGAAUCUUAAAAGUCUCGGAAAUGUUUAGCUCAUGAAGAUGAUUCUGAAUAUUUGUUACAAGUCUGUUCUAUAAGAGUUUGAUUACUGAUGAGGGGACAAUAAUACCUUGUAUCAAAAUUAAUUGACAUGGCAAUCAAACAUCAUCUUUGUGAUUCUAGAAAAGAGAAUAUUCAUUACGAGUUCCUAAUAUCCACCAAAAUGAGCAUGUUUGUGAUCUUUCCCCAGAAAUACCACCUUAUUAAUGCCAACACUAUUGUUAAAUAUAGCGUGAGUCAUAAAACAAAUCUCAAAAGUACACAUAUUUGGUGACAUUGCAUAUCCAUAUUUUGAAUUAAUUCAUUUUAAAGUAAUUUUUUUUUUAAUUUGGAGCUAUAAUUAUUUUAUUUGAAAGUGCAUUCAGUGAGGUCCUAGAAAUUGUAAUGGAAUAUGGCUUGAGUGCACUGACAGAAAUCCGAGAUCUUUCUAUACCACAUUUAUCUCUGGUUCAAACUUAAGCCAUCAAAGUUAAAGUCUAUUCUUUUAUGAACAGCAACAAAAAUCACAUUCUAAUCAGCAUUAUGGAAUCUAAAAAUAUAUUGAAUUUUUGAGGCAGUAUUGCUGAAUUGGAAAAGUAUCAAAGUUUGAUGCAUUUUAGUUCCAAAAUUUAUAAACCCUUUGUCCUGAUACUUGCUCUCCAUUUUUAUGUCAUUUCUUAUGUUAGCAUUUUUUCGUUUUCAUUUUGGCAGUUAGAUUUGAAAGUCCAGUAAUUCAACAAAGUUGUUCAUGCAACACUCUUCACUACUCUUCUUCCUAAAAGUAUUUGCUCCCUUGAGUUACCAGUAAGUCUGGAUAUAAUUUGAAGCUUAAAACUUGUUUACAUUAUAAAAGAAAGAAGUAUUUCGAUAGACCAAAUUUUGCUCCAGAGAGAGCAGUUUUCAGUAGAUUAUCAAGAGGUGCUUGACAAAGAUUUCUCCUUGGAGUUUUCAAAUUUUGUGCUCAAAUAAUUAAAAUUUGGUUUUAUGAAUAAUAGGAGUUAAUGAUUGGAAGGCAAAACAUAAUGAAGGUAGUUUUCUGGAAUUUUGAAUCAAAUCACUAAGUCUUUUUGUCUUACAGUGACAAAACAUUUCUUUGAUGUUUCCAUUGUGAUGACUAAGUAUGCCUGUCAGUACCAUCUGUUCAUUUUAUUUUAAAGUUAAUGUUACCAGGCAACUGUGCUAAAGUUUUUUGUUUUGUUUUGUUUUUGUUUUUAGUAAUUUUGAGUUAUAUACCUAUGGCAAACUGCUGUACAUUGUGAACAGCUAUAGUUAUAGGCUGUCUUUAAAAAAGGAAGAAAUGGCUGUUUUAAGGGGUGGUUUUUUUUUUUGGUAUAUACUUUGGUUAGUGGGGGUGGGAGGUAAUUCCUAUAUUCUAUACUUGGAAAUUGAUAUUACUUGCCAAACUGCAUAUAAAGUGAACAGCUGUCUCACUAUUGUUGGUCUUGGCUUUUCUUAUUCAUAAUCAAGGAUAUAGUAUAAAUAAGAAAACAUUGUAAUAAAAGCUGCCAAGAUUCUAGUUUUUCUUAUGAUCAAGAAAUGCCAUGUAAGCCUACAUUAAGAUUAAUUUUGAAGCCCAGUCAAAAUAAUGUUUCAAAGCUCUGUGCUUGUGAACAUUGCUGGCUAAUAAAAUGUGAGCCAUGUGUAAUUUUAAUUUUCUAAUAGGUACGUUUUAAAAGUGAAAACAAGCAUUUUAAAAAGUAAAAAUUCAUGUAAAUUGUUUUUAUUUAACUUAGUGUGUGUUUCUUCAACAUAUAACUAAUAUAAAAGGUUACUCACAAGAUACUUCAACCCUUUGUAUUUAUAACACAUGUCAUAGACUGAUCACAUUUUGAUAGUCACAUGUGGCAGUGGCUACCUAAUUAAAUAGACAACACAGUUCUAGAACUAGCUUGUAAAAUGAACACUAUCAUGUAUCCACUAAAAAUUUUAGAAAGAUGGGCUUUUUUUAAAGAAUAUGUAAGGGGGAAAAAAAUGUAAGAGUUAACAUACACAAAAAGUAAAUUAUGUGGCUCAUUUAUUUUAUACAGACAAGCUUUCUGUCUGACCUUUCCAAAAAUAUCCUAAGUUGCAUUCUGCUAUCUCAUCAUAGUGUGUUUAUCACAUUUCCAAGGUACUGACCAAGUUGCCCACUACAUUCUGACUGUGCAACAGUCUCCAAGAUGUGUAUUUCCUUCACUGAAGUUUGAUUCCAUUGCUUUAAAUGUCAUCCCUUACCUUAAGUAAUUGAUCUUUGAGAACCAGUUAUUUUUUUUUUUUUAAAGAAGCCAGUUUGAAAGACUAAAAAUUCACCUUUCUAAUCUUCACUGAGUUCUAUACACAGUUAAAACUUUUGGAUUCAGUAUUCAUUCUUAACACGAUAAAAUAUUUACGAGUUCAAGGAGCACUAUUCGUUGGGCAGGGGGGAAACUAGGUUUAAAAAAAAAAAAAUCACAAACCUGGAAUUUCUAACACUCCCCCUAAAACUGCCUUUUAACUAGAGACUUAGAACUAAUCACACUCAGUUCUAUACCUUCUCUGAAGAGAAAGUAUAAGCAGACUUUGCUUGCCUAUAAACGGGAUUCCUUGCUCAGCUACUCUGUAAGUAGGUGGACUCAGUGUUUAAGUCAAUGCCAUUGCCAGUAAUACUCAUGGUAAUUGACAAUCCCUUUAAGAGUUUCAGAUUAUUUGCCAAAUACUGCACUAUAUCAAGAGGUUCCUGAAUUUUUUAACGUUUGCAUGUAUAGUAAAUGUGCUGUAUUAUAAAGUUCCUAAAAGUCCAUUUCUAUAAGCAAAAAGAUGCAGCUGAAAGGGGAAAGCUUUUUCCUCUAUGUCCAGCAAUUCUCUUGCCUUCUCAGAGCAGCCCAUCACAUUUUGCCUUGAUUUCUAACAUUGCAUUUUUGGGUGGAAAGCUUAACAAUAGUUUCCCAAUGGUCUUUAUAACCACACUUGUUAUGUGCAAAAAUUUUCAUAAUUUGUUUAGUGUAUUUUUCUGUUGAGCACUUUAUGCUUUUUAGGCUUGAGCAUUCGAAGAUGUAGUUUAGAAAUUCUCUUAAAGCCAUUUAAAAACUUAAAGGAUAAUCAGAAAAAUGUGCAUUAUUUUAUAUUUAACUUACUGUUUUGUGGUUUGUGUAAAAAUAGAAAAUAUGUUGCAUUUUUGUAAUACUAUCACUUUAUUUAAGAUGAUUUGCCAUAAAAUGUAAAUGAUGUCCUGUUUUCCAAGUAAGUUCAAUGUUUUAUUAAUACUGAAGGAAUUAAACCAGCUUUGUUUCUAAGAUGAUCUUAGAAAAAUAUCCUUUAUAUUACUGUUUUCAGUAUCUGAGAUAGUAGUUGUCUUACAUUUUCUACUAUACCUAGUAAUAAAGUCCCCCCAAAUUGAAUUUUUUCCUUCCUUUCAAAUAUUUUGAUAUAAAAAUCACAUUAAAAUAGUGGUAUUAUAAAAAAGUAUUUCAUCUUUUCAGCCAGAUCUAAAUUUUAAGUAAUUUCUCCUUUCAAAAAGUUAAUGUUUUCAUAACAGUCCAUAUUAUUUCAAAGUGAGAGGGUAUCAUAAUUUGGUAUUACAUUAGAAGUAGCAGUGGCCACUGGAAUAUUUUUAAUUAUUUUCUUAAUUUGUAAAAUAACUGGAAUAUUUUUAAUUAUUUUCUUCGUUUUUAAAAUAAGAGGAUUGUUGAAUUAUGAUAGCAGAAAAUGAUCCAGUUAUCAGGUUCUUUUGCUACGUUGAUCAAUACUAGGUUUUGGUCCUCACCAAACCAGCAGAUUAGUGUUUAUAAUGCUGCAGUAGUCAUAACAUGUUACUGCCCAGAAUAGCCAAGUAAUAUGUACCUUAAAUAUUGGCUUAUUAUGUAUAGUCAAGUGUGUAUUUAAAUCAGUAAUCUAGAAGUUUUAUUGUGUUAACAUCAAAAUUAUAGGCAUAACUUCCAUUGUACAGACAAAUAUUCCACUAAAUUCAUAGAUGUUUGAAUAUUACAUUUGGGUUUUUUACUGACGCUUUUUUUCAACUUAGGAGAACAGAUAUGACAUUAAACCCCCUUCUGAAAUUACUGCUUUGUUGAACACAAUUUGUAGCAAGAUUUAUAAAACACAAUUUAAUUACUUGCAAGCAAGGUGAAAUAUCAUGGAUUAACCAUCCACAAAUAAUGCUGAAGACCUAGAAUAUUUUUGUCCUUUUCUUGAACGAUCAAAUUGGACAUGUGUCUGACAUCCCCAACUUUCUAUUUGAAACACCUGUAGCAAUGAAUUGAUGGCGGAACUUAGUUACUAUAGUUAGUAAAUGAUGUGUUUGAGAGAAAAUUGAUUUUUUUUCUACUCGAGAAAAGAUAUUUAGUCUGGCUCCUCUAAAGGAUAAAAGAUUUAGUUUUUCUGGUGCAACUAACACUAUGUGUAAAAGAAUGGGAAAUUACAAAAUAAUGACCUUAAAUUGUUUUUUCUUUAUUUGUGCAAUUAAAGUUUAAUUCUUAAGACACUGCUGAUUAUUUGUUGGCUAUUAAAGUCUUUCCUACUUAGCAGUACUUACCAUUCCACUAGCUUUCAGAGAAAACUAGCUUUUACAUCAUCUGCAAAGUAUACACAAAUACUGCAAAUCUUGGGAGAUUAAUUCAGCUUUCCAUCUCUGAAUCCUCCAGAUACUGUACCUAGCAUAGUCAGAAGGUAUCACAGAUAUUAAGCCAUUUCAAAGUCUGCCACUGUUUUCUUGGUGGCACUUAAGUUCAUAGUAUUGAGAAACAAAGGGAAACUAUAGACCUGAUAUCACUAGCCUGUCCAAGUACAGUGAAUGGAUUUUGGAUACAAGUCAUGUUUAAAGUGGUCUUGUCAUUUAUAUAAACUUUGCUUUUUAUUUGAAAUACAGUGAGAUACUGACUUUUUAACUGGAAUUGAAUGAAAGGCCUCAUUCUGCCCAGUUACUGACCAAAUUAUACCCAGGUGUUCUUAAGUGUUCGUUUUACUUAAACAAGCCAUUUCGGUUUAAGUUGCCUUAUUGUGUCUACUGUGUUCUUGUCAGGCCUAAGCUUUGUCAUGUUGGAAUUCUCCUAACACUGAAUCUUUGCUGUAAAAAUGUAUAAUGUGCUGCAAAUUUUAUUCAUAAUAAACUAAGUUAUAACCUAUUAUAAUCUAUGAAACAUUACUUGUAAAUGGUCUAAUUUAUUUUUUUCAUUUAUGUACAGUAUCUUGUGUAAAUUUUUAAAGUAUUUGUUGUGACCUAUUCUGUAACAUUACCAUAUUCUUCCCUUGCGUGUUUAUUUGCAUGAAAGAGAAACUUGGGUUUUGCUUGUUUGUAUUGUAUGACCACUAAGCCAGUUUGCAGUACUCAGCCUUUUCUGUAGUUUAACUUUUUCUAGUUUUGUCCCUAUUGUCAAUGUUAGUCAUACCUUUUACUUCCUACUUUCAAAAUAAAUUCUUCUGACUUGUUUACUA